AUGGACGCCUUGUACACUGCUCUCCGAGAUCAGAUCCAGUCCUUUGAGGAACACAUAAGAAGUUGCCAGCAAGCUUUUGACAUUGACACGCUUUACAAUGUGUUGCUGCUGCUGCUCCCUGAAGAUGGUGUUGCCAGUGAUAUUCAGAGCCUUGAGCAGCUGGAAAUGCUUGUUGAGUCCAGUGAGUGGGAUGGACAGGAUAUAGUGAAGAUUACUGUUGGCUGCAAUAAGUGUGACAUUACGGGCUACAUCUCCUGGUUUGUCUCUUAUGUGAGGUACCUGGGCUCUUUGAAAGAGGCAUUUGACACCAAGGUUGUGUUUCCAUUGUGUGAAAAUCUGUACGUCAAUGAUGACUUGCUGGAUGCUUUGACCUUUGAAUGCAGGGAAGGACAUGGCCUUCAUACCACAGUAUCUGUUGCACGUACAGCCAAGCUGUUGUUUGCUCUCAGGAGGAAAUGGGCAUUGCUCCUGAAAAGGGGCACGAUUAAUGAACAAGCUUUCAGCACCCAAAGCUGGCUUGAUGUGCAGGGCUUUCCUAAUGCCCAUCCCUUUGGGAAGGUCCUGAGGCUGGUUCCUGACCUCUUUUACAAGAGCUUGGCUACUGCUGAGCUUGCCAGACAGUGGGUGGAAUGUCAUGCCAACAGACACAGCUCCCAUCCAGUGUACUCAGAUCUAGGCUCAACCAAGAGAUACAAAGAGAAAGGACUAGCCAUGGGCAGCUUGGAACAUCACUGGUACAGUGUUCCCCUUGGGUUACCCAAGACCCAGUAUGACUACAAGAAGGUUUGGCCACAGCCCAAAACCACCACCACCAGCAGAUGCACCAACAAUGGGGGCACCUGCAUGAGAACUGCCAGCCAGGAAAGUAAUAAGCUGCAUGAGACCCAUGGGGAGCUCAUGUCCCUGCUCUGGCGGGAAGAACGUUCUUGGACACUGGAAUCAGAGAUUCAGGAGGUAAAACAGAGAAUUUCCAGCCUGCAGCUUCAGCAGGUGGCUAAAGAAAGGGAGAUGGAAGCCCUUGAGCACCAACUGGAGAAAGACAACUGGAAUCCGUCCAGCAUGCAACGCCAAACACUUCUCUGUGAGCUGGAUGCCUUAGGGAGACAGCUUAGGCUGGAGGAAUACCGCAAGAGCAUCCUGCAAGGUGACUGGCUGCUAGAGUUGGAGGUCAGGCCAGUCCUUAUGCGACCAAUAAAUACAUUGCAGGAACGCUGCCAGGUGCUUGCACAGCUGUUGCAGGAUAGGGAAGAGGCUUCCCCAGAUCUUCAGUCAGCCAAUGGGAUAUAA